AUGUUUUCCCAACUACUGCCGCUGGCGGCUCUUGUCGCCCUUACCAACGCCCACGGAGUCAUUCUCGCUGCCCAGGGUGAGCCUGGCUCCCCUCCGUCUGUCGGCUUCCGUGUCAGCGAUGCUAUUGCCCGCAACUGCACCCAGAUCAACCCCUGCCAGCAAGACACUACCAUCAUCCGCGAUGAGGAGAUCGCCGCCGGCGUCGUCAACAGUUGCGGUCGCACCAAGCUGACCGGUAACAUCGACGUCGGCGAGGUCACUGAGAAUGCCCUGGCCGCCGGCGCCGUCACCCAGGUCAAGGCCGGCACCAAGCUGACCGUCACCAUCCACCAAGUCAAUGCCGACGGCGCCGGCCCUUACUUCUGCGACCUCGACGAGGGCAGCAACUCGGGUAUCAUGAGCAAGAACCUGACCGUCACCAACAACGUGCCCGGCUCCAAUGGUCUUUCUCAAGCCCAGGCCCAAGACUUUAACAUCACUGUCGAGCUGCCCGCCGACAUGCGCUGCAUCGGCGCCUCGACCGGCAAUGUCUGUACCGUCCGCUGCCGCAACAAUGCCCUGGCUGGCCCCUUCGGCGGCUGCUUUGCUGUGCAGCAGAUCGAUGUUGAGCCGUUCAACGUUGCCCACACUCCUGGCGAGGUCAAGACCGCUGAGACCCUUGAGGAGGUUGAUUUCCAGAUGAUCAACAACCAGGCUGCGCUUCCUGCCGCCAUCGAGGCUAACAAGAAGGCUGGUACCGAUGAGCAGGCCAAGAACCUCGCCGCCGUUGAAGCUAUCCUGGGUCUCACCACUACCAGCGCGUCGUUCCCUACCCUGACGCCCACUAUCGUCCAGAACAGCGCCGCUACCAGCACUACGUCCUCUGCGGCUGCUGCUACCACUACUGCUUCAGGCCGUGGCAGGAACAGGGGCAAUGGCCGCAACAACAACAACAACAACAACAACAACAACAACAACAACAACAACAACAACAAUGCCAAUACCAAUGCUGAGGAAACCGAUACUACCGCGGAAAGUGGCAACGGUUCCGGGAACAGGUUCGGUCAGUUUGGGAGGCGGGCGUUCCCUUUCUGGGGCUGA